GCGGUGGAUUUGAAGUCAGGAAUGAUCGUGGGGACGGAGACCAUGCUCCGGGGGAACGAGUCGUAAUGGAAGCUGGAGACGCAAUGUGUUGAGAAACUGCUACAUCGGUUGAAGGACGAGAAGAACCUCAUAAUCGCAGAGGUUGUGCAUGAUGAUUGUGGCGCGGUUGACGUCAUAUUGCGGCGAAUGAACAUUUGCUCUCAAAAGUGUAUGUGGCAUAAGGCGAAGACUUUGGUCAAACGCUUGCAAGAGGCUGUGCGCGGCACGAAGACUGUCAAACCAGCUGUAUUCGGGGCUUGCGAGCAUGUGCGCGAGGUGAAGUGUUUCACAAAGAAGGAGCUCGAACUUUGGCUCAAAUUGAAAUGUGUACAUGUGGCAGGGGUGUCCACGAGAAAAAAGGAUGAACUCGUUGAGAUUGUUUGGGGCGUGCUCUUCCUUGACGAAGCAGGAAAGCAUUGCCAGAUGAUGUUGUCGAGAUCGACGCGUUGCAAACACUGCAUUGCAAUGCGGCGGAGGAGGCGAAGGAGUGACGAUGGCGAUGUGUUGGCCACGCAUGUGCAACACCUCGCCGAUCAUUGGGCCGGGGAUCAUUCCUGUUGCGAUAAGGAGUUGUCCAACCUGUGCAAAGCGGCUGGGGUCCGGACAGGGAUCCAUUGUACGAGGCGGGGGGGCAUGUUCAUUUCGUCGUCGCGCGCUAUCUUCAACAGUUCGCUUCGAAUACGAUGUGCGAGGAUGACCUUCAACAACGAGUGCUUCCACUCCGUGAUCAACAAGUACGCAACGAAACGCUUGAACUUCCCCAAGUCGUAUGAGGCGCGCGUGUGUUGCACCGCUUUGGAGUGGAACAAAAACAAACGAAGCAGGCGAUUGCGAACGGUCUUCCGCAAACCUACAAACGUAACCCAUCGACGUCAUUCCGCACGACAACAUAUAUACGCCGCACGGGAUACGUCGUGGCGCUUCGACAUUGCAACUGCAGUUUUUGGCAGCCCUCAGGUCGGAGAUUGGGCACGUAACAUGUUGCAGCAAUCGGACGUCGACGACCCAGUUAUUGAGCAUUAUGAUGAGGAAGCCGAUUAUGGACUCCAUGAUGCCGUUGAGAGUGCGGUGGAGGGUGUUGUGGCCGAAGGUGACGAUGUUUACGUUGAGGCGGGAAACGAAAGUGCUUCAGAUGACGAAAAGUCGUCUUCCGACUCCGACACCGAUGGUGCCGCUCACCGCCUCGACUUUGACGGCCCCGUUCUUUCACAGGUGGUGUCCGUUGCGCAGGAGUGAUAGUGUCACGUACUACAUCGAUGCCCAUUGUCGUCGUCAUAAUCAUUAGAAUGUUAUGUCCUCGAUUUGAACUGGUGGUGAAAACUGGUUGUGAGAACAGGUUGUGAGAACUGGUUGUAAUUUUCAACUGGCUGUGAUAACUGGUUGUUCGAACUGGUUGUGAUAACUGGUUGUAAUUUUAAACUGGUUGUGAUAACUGAUUGUGAUAACUGGUUGUUCGAACUUGUUGCGAGAACUGGUUGUAAUUUUGAACUGGUUGUUCGAACUUGUUAUUCGAACUGGUUGUGAGAACUGGUUGUGAGAGUUGUUUUUCAUGUAUACUAAUUGUAUAUAUGUUUUGUGUACACUUUGUGAUAACCGGUUCUGAAUAUAUAUAUAUAUAGAGAGAGAGAGAAAGAGAGAGAGAGAAAUAUCAUAUGUAGAUAUGUGUCCAUGUGGCAAAAUUGAUAAAUGCAAAACAAUACG